AUGGCGAACGCGCGGGUCAAACAAGCGCGGCAUCGGGAGUCUUUACACAGUCCAAACGCCUCCGAAACAACAGCUGUCUCUUCUCCGCAGAUGCAGACACCAGAAUCAUCUAUAUUUAGUGUCUUAUCGUCUCAAAAUGAGCAUUUUUCCGACGCCCCAAGCGAGCGAGAGGCCAUCGAAACAGCUUUAAUGAUGCGGAAACGUACUUUAGAGAGAGCAAUUGAGAAAUUAACCCUUGGUAAACUGAUGCAGAAGGAAACAAUGCCUGAUUGUGAUGCCACAGGGCGACGGUUGACACGUUGCCAUCGUGAUUAUUUGCUUCAAGAGAUGGAGUGGAUGGCGGCUGAUUUUAAUCAAGAACGUAAAUGGCGUCUUCGUAAUGCCAAGGCCAUGAGUCAUUCUUUAAUUUCUCAUUUAAAUCGACAAGAAGCACGGGCUGCAAGAGAAGAAAAGAGUAAAGAAGUAACUAGACGUCGUACCGCAGCUCGCGUCGGGCGUGAAGUGAAGAAAUUUUGGAGCAAAAUUGACAAAAUCAUUGCAUUUAAAAUGAAGUUACAAGUUAAUGAAUUGCGCCAAAAACAGAUGGAGAAACAAUUAAUUCAGUUGGUACAACAGACGGAAAAAUACGCAAUGGCAUUAACAGCAAGUUUUCAAAUGGAGAGAUGUGAAGAAAUACAAAACGAGGAAGAAGAUGAAGAUGUUGGGUUUGAAAUUGAAUUGUGCUGA